UGGCUGUAUAAUUCCAAACCAGACUCGCAGAGCUUUCAUUUUGAACAACAAAUUUUUUACUGGUUUUUUUUAGGUUGAGCAGUUUCGUGCAGCGCAACGCCUGUUAACGCAGCAACGCUACCAGUUCCCGAAUUCGUGGCUGUAUGCGGAAAAUGUUGAUGGGGAAUGGUCGGCGCUAAACGAUAUUUUGGAAAGAAAAGAUUCAGCUAUCCAAGCACAGGGAGCGCAAAGACCUGACGAAGCACUGGCUGCUUUAGCAAGUUUUGAAGCGAAAUUGAAUAAAGUGAAAGAAGAUCGAGAAAAUAUGACAAAAGCAAAGGGAGCUUUGGAUAUAACGGAACCGCUAACUGCAACUGGUCAAGCCAUCAAAUUGGACGUUGCCGUUGAAGAACUUUCCGAUCUCAAAGGUGUCUGGCAAUCACUGAUUCCGCUCUACAAUGCUGUUGAUGAGCUGAAAGAGAAAACGUGGCUGUCAGUGCAGCCACGUAAGCUACGCCAAAGUCUGGAUGAGCUGCUCAACCAGCUGAAACUACUUCCAUCGAAAUAUCGCUCGUAUGAGUCAUACGAUUAUGCCAAACAAAUGUUGGACAAACGUCACUGGAAGCAGCUGAUGAAAGAAUUGCAUGUUACAUGGACUUUAUCGGAUUUAACACUGGGUCAAGUUUGGGAAGCCAAUCUUCUCCGUUAUGAAUCGGUGAUCAAGCAAGUGUUAUCGGUUCGUGAAUACUGGCAAUCGUUCGAAGUGGACCUGGUGAAUUACCAGAACAAAACAAAGCUGAUUCGUGGUUGGGAUGAUUUGUUCAAUAAACUGAAGGAACACAUGAAUUCUCUUACAGCAAUGAAACUUUCUCCCUACUACAAACAGUUUGAAGAGGUAAAUUCUGUUGUGGAAUUUUUUUUCGUCGUAAGAGGAAAUUUAGCGCUGAAAAUCCACUGGUGAAU